GGCUGCCACUCCAGCCCUCUGCGUGGCUCCCGAAACCAAGCUUCCGUGGCUGGACAGGGAACACAGUCCAGCCCCCUACACGCUUACGACCGGUGGGCAGAUCUGGGGCUGGUAUUCGCGUCUGCGGUGCGCUGAGGCCGGCCUAGUCCGGCCGGCCAGGGCCUGGCCCGGGCGAGACGCCGUCGCCGUCCGCAUGCUGCGAUGGCUGAUCGGGGGAGGCCGCGAGCCCCAGGGUCUGGCCGAGAAAUCUCCAUUACAGACAAUAGGUGAGGAACAAUCCCGGAACCCCUACACGGAACUGCUCGUGCUGAAAGCGCACCACGAUAUUGUGCGGUUUCUGGUACAGCUAGAUGGCUACAGAUUUGCAUCUGCUGGUGAUGAUGGAAUUGUAGUUGUAUGGAAUGCUCAGACAGGAGAAAAACUUUUGGAACUCAAUGGACAUACUCAAAAGAUAACAGCUAUUAUUACAUUUCCUUCCUUGGAAUCUUGUGAAGAAAAAAAUCAGCUCAUCCUGACAGCCUCUGCUGAUCGAACAGUUAUUGUAUGGGAUUGUGAUACAGGCAGACAAGUUCAGAGAGUAUCAUGCUUCCAGUCUACUGUGAAGUGUCUAACUGUUCUUCAGAGCCUGGAGGUUUGGCUGUCUGGUGGGAAUGACUUAGGUGUGUGGAACCGAAAAUUAGAUCUCUUGUGUAAGACCAGCCACAUUUCUGAUACAGGAAUCAGUGCUUUGGUCGAAAUACCUAAUAACUCUGUUGCAGCCGCAGUUGGCAAGGAACUGAUAAUUUUCAGGUUAGUAGCACCCACAGAAGGAUCACUGGAAUGGAAUAUUACUGAAGUUAAACGGCUUCUUGAUCACCAGGACAAUAUUCUCUCAUUGAUUAAUAUCAAUGAUGUGAGUUUUGUCACUGGUUCCCAUGUUGGGGAGCUGAUCAUCUGGGAUGUACUGGACUGGACCGUGCAGGCCUACGAACGCAACUUCUGGGACCCAUCUCCACAGCUGGAUGUCCAGCAAGAAAUCAAACUCUGUCAGAAACCAAAUGACGUUUCUAUUCAUCAUUUCUCAUGUGCUGAAGAGAAUGUAUUUGCUGCAGUUGGAAGGGGUUUAUAUGUGUAUAACCUUCAAAUGAAGCGUGUGAUUGCCUGCCAGAAGACUGCACAUGACUCAAAUGUCCUGCACAUUGCCAAACUUCCAAACAGGCAGUUAAUCUCCUGCUCAGAAGAUGGCAGUGUACGCAUUUGGGAGCUACGAGAAAAACAGCAGCUGGUUGCUGAGCCUGUACCAACAGGUUUUUUUAAUAUGUGGGGAUUUGGAAAAGUGAACAAACAAGCCAGCCAACCUGUUAAAAAGGAACAAGAAAAUGCCACUUCAUGUUCGCUGGAACUCAUUGGAGAUCUGAUUGGACACUCGUCCUCUGUGGAGAUGUUCCUGUAUUUUGAAGAUCAUGGACUAGUUAGUUGUUCUGCUGAUCAUCUCAUUAUUGUAUGGAAAAAUGGAGAGCGAGAAUCUGGAUUACGCAGUUUAAAAUUAUUCCAGAAGUUAGAGGAGAAUGGUGACUUGUACCGUGCUGCCUAGUAUAAGGAAUCAGGAAUAAAUGUGAAUGAACCCCAAACAUCAAAUACAAAGUAAUACCUGGGAACCACUGAUACAUUGAUCACUUAAAUUUGCAAUUUUUGACAAGCUAUGAAAUUCUGUAUGUUGGAGUUCUUCUGAGUGUGCCUUCUCAGGUGUUAUUGGUACACCCACCAGAGAGCAACCGAUAGGCUUCCGCUGGGCUAUGUGCUACUGAUGUGGUGAGGGCAAGUUUUACAUUUCUUUAUUUGAACCUAGACCUUUGUGAAGUGGUGUAAAUAGAGGAAAUAGUUCUUAAGUUUUAUUUUUGGUUUCCUUUAGAACUUGUUUCAGAAUUCUUGUGAUAAGUAUAUCCUUUCUGCUGCAGAUUUCCUUGGGGGCAAAUUUGAAUCUUAGCCAAAAAACAAACUGUACUACUUAAGUACAGUGAUUUUUGGCACUAAUUUUUUUAAAUCAUUAAAAAAUUUUGUAGUUCCAGCUACUAAAAUCCUAUCUAAUCCAUAGGCAUCUGAUGAGGGUGUAUUUCUUUUCCAGUGUGAAUUCCCUGUGCCAAGGACCAGCACUAGUUCAGCAGAGAGGCCCACAGCUGCAAGGCCAGGUCCUGCAGCCAAAAGUGCCUGGCCCAUCUGAGCCCUGAUGUAGUGUGAAAUCCCUGGGAGUGGCUUCGCUUAUGUUGUUCUUUGUGUGUUUACUGCAAUUGGCUCGUCUUCACCACUCCGCCAGCCUUGUGACAAAAUCCUCUCGGCUCUUUUGAUGCUGAAAGAUAAAAGUUAAAAAGUAUUCCAUGCAGGGACAAUUGAGUGGGUUUAAUUAUGGAAUUAGUCCCAAAUUGUUGAUUAAAGAAUCCUGGUGAAGAUUAAAGGGCAAGGUGAUUGGUGUUAGAUGAUUGAUCCUUCUCAAAGAAGCCUUCUGCAGAUCUGUGCAUCUUGUGCACCCAUACACACACAUGUGUGCUCUCUCUCUCUCUUCCCUAACUGGGGUCUUUAUAAAUUCUUAUUUUUACUAGUUUUAAGUUUCACUACUCACUGCAGUCACGCCAGCACAGUUCAGCUCAUCUAGGUAGUCCAGUGGCAUGAUGUUAUAAAUGAGGAAACCAAGGCCUUGUGAUUAGUUAGCCUGGUACUGUGGUGUCUGUUACUAUCAUUGCAGAGCUGAGAAACAACUGAAAAGGACUGGAAUGAGAGAAAGGCCUAGAUGACCAUGUGGCAAGCAUGUGAGGAAACAGCACACUGUUCCCAGACAUUGUUGCUGUGUUAAUUCACAAUGGAAAUAGCUUUAUGGAAAAAUACUAAAAUUUAAGCUGUCUCCUCCAUUAUGGCACUGAAGAAUAUGAAUGUGACAACUGGUACUGCCCUUGACCCAGUGAACCAUUGUCCCCAAGGCCUGACUGAGCCAGCACCCUGAGGUAGCUUUCUGAUCUUUGGUGGAGACAUCAGAGUGUUGGCAGUGUCCUUCUCCAGGCAGAGCAGACAGAUGGUCUGAUCCCCACCUCAGGCUGUUGGGCACUUCAGCCAGGUUCCAGCAGACUCAUGUAAAGCUUUUACUUCUCUUCUCAUGGGCUUUUCUUUGCAAAUUCCAUAUUGGGUCAUGAGUUAGUAAAGAUGUUUUCUUAAAUUGUAUAAUACAUAGGAAUUCAUAGAUUUUAACUGUUUUGUUUCCUAACUUUUCUCGGUUAAGCUUUUAUGAGUUUUAGGAACACAGCACCACAGCAAACCCCUUAUGUCACUACACUGUAGAUAACUGGUUGUCCACUAGCAGAAACUGGUAAGUUCAGAGGGUAGCCUCUCACCCUCUUGGUAGAGCUUAUUAUGGUGUUUAUUUUCCCAAGUGCCUGAGGCAGAGCAAAGAGGGGCAGCAGCACGAUAGGAGAUUCUGGUAGAGACCUGAACCCAAUCAUUGUUCAGUAGUAACAUGCAGACUUGCUAAAAGUUGAACUUUCAAUUUACAAUAAAUGAUAAUUGAGUUCAAUAUA